ACAACACUAGUACUGCUUUCCCUUUGCUUGCUGUCGCGAGUGAAAUUAGAUGAGCAGCGCCGGCAUGGAGUGCUCGGGGAGCGAAGGCGGCGGCGGCAUGGUGGCGCCGUUCGUGGCCAAAACGUACGCGAUGGUGGACGACCCGGCGACCGACGCCGUGGUCGCGUGGGGGCCGGCCAGCAACAGCUUCGUCGUCGCCGACCCCUUCUCCUUCUCGCGCGCGCUGCUCCCGGCCCACUUCAAGCACUCCAACUUCUCCAGCUUCGUCCGGCAGCUCAACACCUACGGCUUCCGCAAGGUCGACCCGGACCGGUGGGAGUUCGCGCACGCCUCCUUCCUCCGCGGCCAGACGCACCUCCUGACCCGCAUCGUCCGGCGCCGCAGCGGCGGCAAGCGUGGCAAGGAAGACGCCGACGAGGAGGAUGAAGACAUCAGCAGCAAGAUGUUAGCCAUGGAGGUGGUCCGGCUGAAGGAGGAGCAGAGGGCCACCGAGGACCGCUUGGCGACGAUGUGGCGCCGGGUGCAGGACGCCGAGCGCCGGCCCAAGCUGAUGCUCGCCUUCCUCCUCAAGGUCGUCGGCGACCCCGACGUGCUGCGCCGCCUCGUAGGCAACUCGGGUGGCGGCUGCGGAUUAUUCCCCGGCGAGGGCGCGGAGGCCAAGAGGCCGCGGCUGCUUCUCGACGGGGAAGCCCAGAUGGGCAAGAAGAAGAUGCGCGUCGACGGCGACGGGCUCUUGUACGAUAUCAACCGGCAGGAGGCCUUCGUGCGGGAACCCAGGGUCAACUUCACUGGUUUCUACACCGGAGGCGAUGGCUUUAGCGAGGUGCCGGUGGACGACCCGCCGUACGCUUUCCGCAUGGACGGUGGUUACUGAGUACUGCCUCUUGGUUGAGCUAGUGUUUCUAUCUCCGGCUCUCCGCCUACACAUUUGUGUACUGUACGUAAUACAUAGGGAGUUUUUGUUUUUUUAGAUGAUGUGGUAGGAGUACUUUGUGGCAAACUACUUUGUGAGCAAGGAGAGCUACGCUCAGAUGUUUCUU